AUGCGCCUUUCUCGAGGCCUGGCGACGCGCUGUUGGCCGUCGGAACAUCGUUUCCUCCACCGCCCCUCCGUAUCCAUCCUGCCCCUCAAUCGUCAUCACUCGCCGCAUUCAUAUCACCGUCCUCUUCCGGCUUUGUUCCCUGUUCUCCCCUCACGCUCCAAUAUCUCAACACAAACUUCACUCCGCACCUUAGUAACCAUGAUGGAUGAGAACAUCAAGCAGCAUUACCUGGCGGACUCGCCGCCUACGGUGGUCAGGUUGGAGGUCAAGCAGCACUUUGACAAGCUGCAGGAUCCCAAGUUGCGGAAAUACGCACAUUACAUUAGCAGAGCUGCCUUCGAAGGAACUCGAGUUACCCUCCGUCAAGUCUCUCCCGAAUCCGAACCGAUCUACGACCUCAUCAUCUCCCUCUACCGUGCCUGCAAUGGGGACUGGACCAGCCUUGCCCAGAAGACAAAUGUCAGCACGGAAGACCUUCGCUUCUUUUUGGAAUAUGCCGUUCAAUUCCUUGGUAACUGCGGUAACUACAAGGGUUUCGGUGAUUCCAAGUUCAUUCCUCGACUGCCACCUUCUUCCUUGAAGGCUCUGGCCUCGGCUACCCCGGAAACAAAGGCAGCAUUCGAGAAGGCUAGCAAGACUGGAGGUGGGAUCUAUGAGACCAAGGAACAAUCUCUUAUGCACCUUGGUUACCCUGGUGCCGGCCACAUGACCACCUACUACCCCGAGUCGCCCAACAUUAGUCAGGAUGAAAUCACAGCAAUUGGCGAUCUUAUGGAACAGAAGGGACUGCCAUUGGAGAACACAAGACUCAAGAAGACCGCUUCCGGGGAUUUCGAGCUCUUAAUUGCGUCUGGCGUCUCGUCGCCUCCGCCGCGGGAUCGGGAUCUGGGAGAGGUCGAGACGUUUGAUCUUGAUGGAAAGCUGAAGGGGAAGAAGGUCAACCUUGUCUUUGGAGAUCAUAAGGAGGAAAUGGCCAAGAUCGCCCACUCCAUCAAGCAGGCGAGCUUGCAUGCUGCGAACGAUACCCAGAAGAAGAUGCUCGAUGCUUACGCUUUGUCGUUCGGUGCUGGUUCCAUCGAGGCAUUCAAGGAAUCUCAACGGAUAUGGGUGAAGGACCAAAAGCCAGCGCUGGAAACGAACAUUGGCUUUGUCGAGACCUACAGAGAUCCCCACGGUGUCAGAGGGGAAUGGGAGGGAUUCGUCGCCCUGGUCAACCUGGAACGUACUCGAGCUUUUGGAAAGCUCGUAGAUAACGCUGAAUCCAUGAUUCCCAAGCUUCCUUGGGGCGUGGAUUUCGAGAAGGAUAAGUUCCUUAGCCCUGACUUCACAUCUCUUGAGGUUUUGAGCUUCCAGUCAUCCGGAAUCCCAGCCGGUAUUAACUUGCCUAACUACGACGACAUUCGUCAGAACCUGGGAUUCAAAAAUGUUUCCCUUGGUAACGUUCUGAGUGCCAAGGCUCCGAAUGAGCCCGUUCCGUUCAUUGCCGAAAAGGAUCUGGACGUGUACCGCAGAUGCCGGGACCCAGCCUUCGAGGUGCAGGUGGGUAUCCACGAGCUUCUCGGGCACGGAACCGGAAAGCUGUUGCAGGAGACCGCUCCCGGCGAGUAUAACUUCGACAUCUCGAACCCGCCUGUGAGCCCUGUUGACGGCAAGCCCAUCUCAACUUGGUAUAAGCCGGGUCAGACAUGGAGCUCUGUGUUCGGCGCCAUUGCUUCCUCUUACGAGGAAUGCCGCGCGGAGUGCGUUGCUAUGGCGCUGGGCUGCGACUUUGGCAUCCUCAAAAUCUUUGGUUUUGGCGACGGUAAGGAGGAUCUCUCCAACGAGGCUGGCGAUGUGUUGUUCGCGGCCUAUCUGCAGAUGGCACGUGCUGGUCUAGUUGCUCUGGAGUUCUGGGAUCCCAAGACCGAGAAGUGGGGCCAGGCUCACAUGCAGGCUCGCUACAGUAUUAUGCGGACCUUCCUUGACGCAGGAGAUGAUUUCGUGAAGCUCGUGUACAACAAGGAAGAUCUGUCCGAUCUCGAAAUCCACUUGGACCGGUCCAAGAUCCUAACCCAUGGCCGUCCCGCCGUGGAGAAGUACCUGCAGAAACUGCAUGUCUACAAGAGUACAGCCGACGUCCAAGCGGGUAAGAAACUGUACGACGACAUCACUUCCGUGAAUGAGUGGUGGGGAACCAAGGUUCGCGACGUUGUUCUUAAGAACAAGGUGCCCCGCAAGGUCUUCGUCCAGGGUAACACGGUCUUGAAUGGCGAUGAAGUUACUCUGAAGGAGUAUGAGCCUACGCUCGAGGGCAUGAUCCAGAGCUACGUGGAGCGCGACAUUUAG